UGUAUUGUCAAAUUCGUUGCAAGCUAUAAAGCUAAAGGAUUAUUUUGUGAAAUACAAAUAAUAUCUAAUACAAGUAUUUCACUAUGGGCCUUUUAGAGUUAUGUGAAAAGUAUUACAAAACUACUAAUCUAUAUGAAGUUUUAGGAAUAACUGAAAAAGCUACAGACAAAGAAGUGAAAAAAGCAUACCACAAGUUAUCUUUGAAAGUGCACCCGGAUAGAGUAAAUGAAGAUGAGAAGCUGGAGGCUACUGAGAAGUUCAAGGUACUAGGAAGUAUUCACGCUAUACUUAGCGACAAGGAUAAGCGAGUCCUGUACGAUGAGACCAAAAGUGUCGACGAUGAUGACUUCAAUGUCAUUCAAGACCGCGACUGGACAAUAUACUGGAGGAUGAUGUUUAAGAAAAUAACUGAUGAUGAUAUCAAAGCAUAUGAGAAACAAUACAUUGGUUCUAAGGAGGAGCGAGAUGAUCUCAAAACAGCCUACCUUGCUGGAAAGGGUGACAUGGACUACAUUGUAGAUCAAGUACAGUUUGCAAGAUCUGAGCAUGAACCAAGAAUACGAGAUAUCCUCAAUGAGAUGAUAGAAAAAGACGAAAUUCCUGCUUACAAGAUCUUUACGCAUGAACCAGCCAAGAAACGCCAAAAGAGAAUUGCUAAAGAAAAUAGAGAAGCAAAAGAAGCUGAGGAAUGGAAAACUGAGUUGGGAUUAGACUCAGGCCCAAAAAGUUUAGAACUUAUGAUAAAACAGAAACAGCAAAACAGAGAGAAAGAAAUGGACUAUUUCCUGGACGGUUUGGCAGCAAAAUACGGAGGGAGUAUUGGGAGUACAAGCAAAGGCAAAUCUAGGGCCACAAAACGGAAAGCCGCUCCUAAGGCAGAACCAGCUGCAAAAAAUAAGAGAAAAUGAAUUUUAUUUUCAAGUAAUAUUUAUUUUGAUAACUUUCCUUUUUUACAAGUAGUA